GGCACCACCGCACCCUCCAACCCUUAUCACCGGAACCCAAACCCGCAGAUCAGCCGCCCCACCGCGGGGCAACCGCGGGGUUUCCGCGCAGCGACGCCGACACCGGCGCGACCGGCUGCCGCUUCCGUCAUGCGGAGAAGCACGAUUCGCCCGGCUACUCGCGGUCGGAGGCCCGAUGUCGGGUCUGUGACUCCAGUAAUAGGGCUGCUGCGUAUAGAUGCUGGGUGCGUCAUGCUGGGUUUAUAAGUGCGGCGAGGGCGUCGUGGGAUAUGACUGAGGACUACGAGGUUUUUGCGCGUCGCAUUCAUCGAUUAUACAAACAAAUCAUCAUCACCAAGCCUGCGUAUAGGCAAACAACUACAAAAAUGCCAUUCACAGUUCUCUCAAACGCCACCGUGCGCUCCCUGCUACACUCACUCGACCGGCCCGCGCUCCUCAACCUCCAAACGCGCCUCAACAGCGCCCUCUCAGCCAUCUCCACCGGCGGCGAAGCGCAGUACCAACCACACCGAGCAGGCGUGACCCGGCCGGAAGGGCAAACGACGCUGUUUAUGCCGCUCACGGACCCGGGGCACGUAGGCGCCAAGAUCAUCGGCGUGCCCCCGCCCUUCGACGCGCACGACGCCGCGCAAGAAGACGGCCGCCAGCGCGGCCUCGUCGGCUCCGAGCUCAAGGGCGUGCUCGUCAUCUGCGACGCCACGGGCAGGGCAGCAGGCGUGCUGAACGCGGGCGAGCUGACGGCGUUCCGGACCGCGCUGGCUGCGACGACGCUGUUUGCGCGGCGCAGCGCCGUGCGCAACGUUGUCAUUUUCGGGGCGGGGAAGCAGGCGCUGUGGCAUGCACGCAUCGCGUUGCUGCUGAAGGGCAAGGCCGUCGCUUCGCUGGCUGUGGUGAAUCGUGCCGGCCCCAGGCGCGACACCCUGAUUCAGACGCUGCGGUCCGAGGCCGCGGAGAAGGACUGGCAGGUCAAGUUCCGCGGCGUCGAUCCUGGCGAUAAAGCAGAGUUGGAAAAAACAGUCAAGGCCGCCGACGCAGUCUUCUGCACGACGCCCAGUCGCGAGGUCUUGUUCCCUGCCGCGUGGCUGAAGAAAGAAGUCUACGUCUCGGCGAUCGGGUCGUACAAGACUAGCAUGCUGGAGCUGGACCCGGAACUUUUGAAGAGCAUCGUCGCGUCCUCGGAUGGCUAUAACCCGCGCAAAGAUGCCAAGGGCGGCGUUAUAGUCGUUGAUAGUCGCGAGGCGUGCUUUGCGGAGUCUGGGGAGAUUGUGCGGGCUGCGUUGACGGCGGAGGAGAUGGUCGAGAUUGGUGAGGUUCUAGAUGGGGAGGAGAAGAAGAGGUUGGAGAAAUGGCUGCAACGCGGACAAGUGGUUUAUAAGAGCGUGGGUGUUGGCGUUAUGGAUCUGGCUAUGGGGAAUGCGGUGCUGGAGAUUGCGAGGGAGAAGGGGUUUGGGGUUACGGUGGAUGAGUUGUAGAUUCUGUGUAGUGGAUGAAAUGACUUGUUACUGAUUUUUGCCCUUUCCUGUUAGUUUUUUUUAGUUACAUUUCUUUCGUUUUGGAGCACGCUGUUUGUUGGUGUUGUUAUAGUAUCUAUUUAGACUUACUCGCUUCUUCAAACGUUUUGUUUGUCGCUCAUUUAUAGAGGGCUUG